CCUCGGGCUUUCCUCGCCCGGGACGCUGGUCAUCCCGGGCGCCCAGAGCCCCCCAUAGGAUUAGGACUGCCGAGUAACCCUCUAUCUGCCACCGAAGGGUUCACCGCUGGCAGACGCAAGAGCGCAGGGAAGUGACAGUCACCGUGCAGACAGGAGGACCACGGACAUCAAGACCCCGCCUCUGACAGACGGAACUCCAGACCCGACAGGGCAGCGACUCGCACAAGGUCACGGGGAGGGUCGGCGGCAAGGCUCCCCGGCCGGGCUCCCGUCGUUAGACGGCACGGCCGCCCCCGCCCCCGACAGCCUCCCCAGGAGCGCGCCCGGCCUCCCGCUCCCCGCCGAGGGCGGCUCCGCCGGGCGGGCCCGGGGCAGGGAGCCCGCUGGGAAAGCGGCGGCCGGGCCGGGGCGGAGGACUGGGCCCCGCCGCGCAGGGACGCGCGGAGCACCGCCCAGGCCUCGGGGCGCCGCCGUGGGGGCCUUACCGAGGCACUGCCCCACCGGCGUGCUGAACGGGUUCCCCAGGAGGAACUCCAUCUUGGGCGGACGGCUCGGCAGCGGCCCACGCGCGUCAGCCGCCGGCUCUCCGCGUCCCCCGCGGCGCUCCCUGCCUGACUGACACUUGCCCCGGCCCCACCCUCAGGAAAGCCGGUGUCCGCCCCUGGCCCCGCCCCGCCGGCCUCUAUUGGGCGACGGCUGCCCUGUCCUCUUCCGAUUGGCCCCCACAGCUCCUUCCGCGAAGUCACGCCCAUCCCCGCGGCGUCCGAUUGGGCGGGGCGGUGACCUAGGUCACAGGAAUCUCCGUCACCCCCCCCCCCGGCCCGCCUCCCAACGCGAGUCUGUGUAUUUUGAUUCAUUUAUGUAUUGGUCAAUCCAGGGAGUCCUUAAUGUUAUUGGACAAGAGUCCAGUCAGUCACCCAAGAGGGGGGACAAGGGAUGGGCAAAGCUAGUAAGUUCCCUGCCCAUAGAAAGUGCUGAUUGGACAAGCAUUUGUUUUCUCUACGGCUAAUUGGUUCUGGGAGGCUUUCCCCGCCCAGAAAUAUGAUCACGUGGUCGUCAACUUUAACCCAGGAUGUCUACUCCCUGACUUCCCCCUAGCAAAAGAGUGCGGCGCUUGGUUCCCCUAGCAACCGGGCUCUGCGAGGAGGUGCCGGCUGCGUACAGUGCCGGCGACUCUGAGAGCCCGGGGCCGAGAGGCUGCGGGAGGACUUGACCUUUUCCCGGAGGAGCCCGCUGGCCGCCCCACCUGGAGGAGAGCGCGCAGGCCCCUGGCAUCUCCUCCCGGCCGCACGCCGAUCAGGGCCUUCAGGCCUUGUGGGGAGAGAAGCUGAGGAAGCCUUCCCUUCGGGCGCAUGCCCCAGAGAGACCUUUGAGGUCCCACCCCCGGCCUCCGGGCCAGAGAGAGGACAAUUCAGGAUCUGUUUCUCUGUGAGGAGGUGUAAGGUUCUCUGCUGCUUUCCCCGCCCACCACAACACUAUUGUCAGAGAGGAUGAACCGGCUGUGCAACAUGGAGCCCAGGGUGAUGGAUGAUGAGAUGCUCAAGCUGGCCAUUGGGGAGCAGGGCCCGCGAGACGAGGCUGGGCAGCUGGCCAAGCAGGAGGGCCUCCUCUUCAAGGACGUCCUGUCCCUGCAGCUGGACUUCCAGAACAUCCUCCGCAUCGACAGCCUCUGGCAGUUUGAGAACCUGCGGAAGCUGCAGCUGGACAACAACGUCAUCGAGAAGAUCGAGGGCCUGGAGAACCUCACACGCCUGGUCUGGCUGGACCUGUCCUUCAACAACAUUGAGUCCAUCGAGGGGCUGGACACGCUGGUGAACCUGGAGGACCUGAGCCUGUUCAACAACCGGAUCUCCAAGAUCGACUCGCUGGACGCGCUGGCCAAGCUGCAGGUGCUGUCGCUGGGCAACAACCAGAUCGGCAACAUGAUGAACGUCAUCUACCUGCGGCGGUUCAAGGACCUGCGGACGCUCAGCCUCUCGGGGAACCCGGUCGCCGAGGCCGAGGACUACAGGACGUGCGUCUGUGCCUACCUCCCCGACCUGGUGUACCUGGACUUCCGGCGCAUCGACGACCAAACGAAAGAGCUGGCGGAGAUGAAGCACCAGUACAGCGUCGACGAGCUGAAGCACCGGGAGAGCCUGAUGCAGGCCCGGCUGGAGGACGAGCGGGCCCGGCGGGAGGAGCUGGCGGAGCACGAGGCGGCCUUCGUGGAGCACCUGAACGGCCCCUUCCUGUUUGACAGCAUGUACGCCGAGGACGUGGAGGGUAGCCAGCUGUCCCACCUGCCCGGCGUGGGCGAGCUCUUGCAGACCUACAAGGACAAGUUCGUCAUCAUCUGCCUGAACAUCUUCGAGUACGGCCUGAAGCAGCAGGAGAAGCGGAAGGCAGAGCUCGACACCUUCAUGGGGUGUGUCCAGGAGGCCGUCCAGGAAAAGCAGGAGCAGGGCAAGCACAAGAUCGCCAAGUUCGAGGAGAAGCACUUGCUGAGUUUAAGCUCCAUCCGAGACGAGUCUGAACUGACCAACUUCGAGAUAAAGACGGCGGAGUACAGCGAGGACAUCACCGAGCUGGCCAACGUGCUCAUGACGCUGGAGAUGCAGCUGGUGGAGCAGCUGGAGGAGACUAUUAACAUGUUUGAAAGGAACAUCAUCGACUUGGUGGGACUCUUUGUCGAAAACGUCCAAAGCCUGAUGGCUCAGUGCCGGGACCUGGAGAACCACCACCACGAGAAGCUCCUGGAGAUCGCCAUCAGCACCCUGGAGAAGAUAGUCAAGGGCGAGCUGGACGAGGACCUGCCGGACGCCGUGCGCUCGCUCUUUGUCGACAAGGACACGAUCGUUAACGCGGUCGGGGCCUCACACGACAUCCACCUCCUGAAGAUCGACAAUCGGGAGGACGAGCUGGUGACCAAGGUCAACUCCUGGUGCGCACACCUGGUGGACAAGAUUCACAAGGACGAGAUCAUGAGGAACCGCAGGCGCGUGAAGGAGAUCAACCAGUACAUCGACCACGUGCAGAGCGAGCUGGACAGCCUGGAGUGCAGCGACCUCCUGGACUAGGGCUGCGGCCCAGCCCUCCCCCCGACCCCCGACCUUCACAGGCAGAGAGAAAUAAAGGACUUUGGUUACCUUUCUCCAA